GCAGCACUGUUUCUGUCAAUUGCGUCAAUUGCUCUGGUUAUCUUUUUGCAUUGUGUAAACAACAAAAACAUUCCAAUGUUGAUUUCUGGUUGAAAACAUUUUUCUAUUACCACAAAAGACAUUGAAAAUAAGAAUUCCGAUGUCCGACUAGCGUUUAGGAAAAACACCUACAAACAUACACGUGCUAUGUCCUCAAAACUGCAAAUUAAAACCACCCGUUGGGCCUUUGACUUGAACACUUGGUCACCCACUUUAACACAACUGACACAGGCGGUGGCUGCAAUACAACCAGAGGAACGAGCUCGUUUAUUAAAGUUUUAUUUUAUUAAUGAUUUUCUUUCGUCAUUAGUUGGUCGCUUACUUAUGCGUAAAUAUGUGAGUCAAUGUUCACACUUGCCCUACCAUGAGGUUCAAUUUGCACGAGAUGCUAGGGGCAAGCCGUAUUGGGUACAGACCAACAAUGAAGAUGACCAACAAACGUCUCAACGUCAUCAUUUGUGCUUCAAUGUAUCACACCAAGGUAACUUUGUGAUACUGGCGGGGAUGCAGAACGUCAGUUCAAGCGAAAGCACACACAAAGACGAAGAUGAUUUCGGCAUUGGCUGUGAUGUCAUGAAAUUAGAAUAUGCUGGUGGUAAAGAUCUGAAAGAGUUUUUUCGCAUUAUGAAUCGUAAAUUUGCCGAUUCAGAAUGGCGUUUCAUAAACCAACCGCAUUUCAACCAGCAACAGCAGCUAAAAGCCUUUAUGCGUCAUUGGUGCUUGAAGGAGUCAUAUGUUAAAGAAUUGGGUGUAGGCAUAACAAUCGAUUUGCAAAAGAUUGCAUUUACGGUUGACUCCAGUAGAGAACUGCUUGUUGAAUCUCCACCUUUGAGUGGCACAACUAUGAAAUGUAAUGAUGUACCCAUGUUUAAUUAUUACUUUGAAGAACAUAUGUUACAUCCGAAAUAUUGUGCAGCUAUUGCAUUUCGCAACUAUAAACCGGAAAAAGUAGAAAAUUUCACAUAUCUGAAAAUAGACGAGUUGUUGCGACCUAACGAGCAAGCAGAAAGCCCUAAUAUUGUAGACUACUGUAGAGAAGUUUUAAGGAAACCCAUGAAAUGAGAUUUUAUUCAUUUAUUAUUUUUGUUUACUUUUAAAUAGAUUUAGAAAUUAACUUGUAUACAUUUUGGAUCUAUAUAUUUUUUAUUUUGUUUCUAUAAGACAUAGGAAUUACAGUUAAAUGCAAUAAAUAUCUUUCUUCCUAUGAACUUUACAAGUAAAAUGUAAAUUUUGUUUGUAAUCACCAUGACAAUAGACUUGUUUAUUAUUAAAUUUAUAGGCUUCGUAAAUAUACAUAAACAUUUAUAUGAAAGGCAUAUUUAUGUAAGAUAUUUUAAUUAAUGCAUUAAAAAAUAAAACUAACAAAUUCCCAAAAAGAAUUAUUGAAAAAAUAGGGUUGGAAAUUAAUAAGAAGCCUUUUGAAAAAUUAAUGUCCUCAAAAGCAAAAAAUAACAUUUAGAACUUAACAGCGGUGAAAUUGUACCUCAACUCAUUUUUACGUCGGGUUUAAGAUUAUAUUAAUAUUCUGCUGAUUGUCACCUAUACGUUAUUAAAAACACCCAUUGUUAAUUAUGAAGUUUUGACUAUUAUGUAGAAUAAGGGUUGCAUUUUAAAAACUAAGUCAAAUAAGAAAUGUGUUGAUGACAAUGGUUUGCUAAAUCUUGUCUUUCUGCUUUAAUGAUCCUUCUAUUCUUGAUUUUUAAAUCCCUAAAACAUAUUGUACACGUCGGUAAUAAAGUCUAUCUCAUGCUGUGAUUAAUACAAUAAAAUUUUAAACUGCAAAAAGAGAGGAAGAAAACUAUUCCUCUUUCUUUAAAAAAUAAAAAGCUGUCCCAUAAUAAGAUUUUGAACAUAAUAA